GGGAAGCACUUUGCAGUGGGAGCAGGCAGCCUUAAUGGUUUUAACAUGACGUUUAUACAAUGCCCAAUUCUGAAAAAGCAAACGGACCAUAUACCAGAAGUUGGCAUAGGAAGGGCAAGGCAGCUUGAAAGGACAUUGUAUAAUCUUAACACAUUGGGCAUCAUCAACCAUGUAGGGAGGAGCAUCGGGCAGAUAUACUCCAGCACACUGGCUUAUCGCAACCCAAGGCUCCUGACAGGGUAGUCAGUACAGACACGAUUCUCUUCGGUAUUCGGCAAUGCUCCGUUUCAGGGGCAAACGUGCGUUGUUGUUCCUCUUGGGAUUUUUCUCAUCGGUUUACUUGAUGUCAAAUCUGUCUCUUUUCACACAAGUCUCUUCACAAUCGCGCGUGAGAAGGGAACUCCUCGCAAAGACAAAACUCCACAUAGAUGAGAUUGUAAUGCAGACUCCUCUACAGCGCUACGCAGAACACGUGCAAUAUCAUAGUACCGAGUUUCAAUGUGACAAGCUUUUUAAACAAGAUGUCGGCGAGACGACUCGUUCACAGGAAUAUUUGGAGAAAAAUAAUUUCUCAUUUCCGGCGUUUCCUGAAAGUGUGUUUUUGAAGGUGACGAAGGAUUGUGCAGCAUUUAAGAGAGUUCUUGGAUACAAAAGGCCAUAUUCCAACUUUGAAAUUGAAUUUCCUCUCGCAUUCUCAAUCCUGACGCAUGAUGGGGUUGAGGCCCUCGAGAGGUUGUUGAGAGUUAUCUACGCGCCCCAAAACUUCUAUUGUAUACACGUGGAUAGGAAAUCACCGCCAGAAUUCUUUGAUGCAGUCCAGACGCUUACAGACUGUUUCCCUAAUGUUUUUAUAGCGUCGAGGCUUGAAGAUCUUAUUUAUGCCCAUUUCAGCAGACUGAGAGCAGAUUUGAACUGCAUGGAAGACCUGUUAAUCAAAGACAAGAAAUGGAAGUAUCUCCUAAAUUUUGCAUCGACAGAAAUACCUUUAAAAACAAAUUUGGAAAUUGUUCAUAUUUUGAAGAAACUUAAUGGUUCUAAUGAUAUUCGUGAAGUCUACAGGAGACGUAGACUCGAGAGGUUUGUUUUCCGUUAUUCAGUGUCCGAGGGAACAUUGGUCAAAACGGACCAGUACUUGCCACCUCCUCCCCAUAACUUGACCAUCACCAAAGGUCUCGCUUAUGGUGCCUUCUGUCGACAUUUCUUGGAGUUUGCGCUGACCAAUCAGAUUGCUCGAGACUUCUUGCUUUGGACCAUGAAUACUCACAGUCCCGACGAACACUAUUGGGCAACACUGAAUAAUCUCUACCACAAUCCUUUCCUGCACAGCCCCGGGGGAUUUACAGAGCAUCCAGACAAGAAAAGGUUUAUUUCUAGAUUUGUUAUUUGGAACGGGAAAGAACAAAGAUAUAGAUGCCAUGGAAGGUACCGGCAUAACAUAUGCGUCUUUGGACUGGGUGAUCUCCCCUCAUUGAAGGUCGCUCACAAACUGGUUGCAAACAAAUUUGACCUUCAGUAUGACCCUGUGACGUACGCUUGCGUGGAAGAAAUUGUACGAAAUCGAACUGUCAACGGAUUGGUUAUAUUAAAUCAUAAACAUUAAAA